AUGGUUGAGUCAGAACAUAAUAUUCCGGUUUUAAUAAACCAGUUUAUAGCUACUGUUGGUACGGAUGAACAAGCAUCUAAUACCUAUACUGACGAAUUAUCUUCAUUAAUAACUACAAAUCAAUUAUCAUUAUUGCAAUUCAUUCAAUUUUUGGGACCUACCUUGACAUCAGAAACAGAUUUGAUUAGAAGUAAAAGUGUUCAAUGUUUGAGUUUUACCAUUAAGAAAUUGGAUUUAGAGAAAUUGAGUAAACAUGAUGUUAAUGUAUUGAUUGAUUUUUAUAUUUAUAAGAUUAAAGAUGAUCAAUUAAGCUUACAAUUUAAAUUAAUUGGUAUUAGUUAUUUAGUCGAAUGUAAAGGAUUUUUAACAUCUUAUAUUGAAAAAGUCUUGACUGUUUUAGAGAAAGAAUACCAACCAAAGAAACUUUUGGCUAAAGUUCGUCAUGAAGGAUUUGUUAUUUUACAAAGAAUAUUACUUAAAUUUCAUGAAUAUUUAGCUACAAAGAUAGAAUUAUCCGAUUUAUAUGUGAAAACAUUUAUCAAUAUUGCAUCCGGUGAAAAAGAUCCAAGAAAUUUAUUAAUUUCAUUUGAAUUGAACAUGAAAAUCAAUGAAUGGUUUAAAUUUGACAAGUCAAAUGAAUUACAUAAACAAUUUGUGGUUGAUUUAUUUGAUGUUUGUUUCUGUUAUUUCCCAAUUUCAUUUAAACCACCGCCAAAUGAUCCAUACAAGAUAACAUCCGAAGAAUUGAAAAUUAAGUUGCGUACUGCAAUUGCUUCACAAUCACAAUAUGCCAACGAUUCCUUCCCAAGUUUGAUUGAAAAGUUAACUUCAACAAAUCCUGUCAUCAGAAAUGAUACUUUAAAAACAAUAGAUUUAUGUGUUGAAAAUUAUGAUGCACUUACAGUUGAGGAAUAUUGGAUAACUUUAUGGAAUGCAUUGAAAUUUGAAGUAUUACAUAAUGACAUUGAUUCUGUGUUUAAACCUGUUAAUGAUACAAUAAUACCGGAAAACUAUCACGAUAUAGAUGAUAAUGAUGAGUUCAAACCAUUAGUUUUAACAUUGGUUAUUCUCAAUCACAUUAUUCUGAAAAUUCCUCAGCCAGAAAUGAUGUUGCAAACCGUGGUUGAAGAAUUGAAACCUUAUCUCAUGGUGAUCAAAGACAAGUCCAAGAAAGCUAGUUUGAUAUUAAGUUCAUUGGGUUCAACUUCGAUUGAAAAUUUGAAUUACACAGUGGAUUAUGUAUUCCAGUACGAUAUUUGGGGUAAAUUCUUAAACAUUGAAAAGAAAGAAGACGUAGAGACUAAACAAGUUGAUGACGUUCAAGAGGUUGAAAUUAAUGAAGAUGCUGCAUUAAAUAUUGCCAAACAGAGAGAUUUGAUAGAUAGUAUUGGAUUCGUCUUGACUUCAUAUCAAGUUUUGCAACCACAAGUCGAGACAUCAUUGCAGGAAUAUAAAGAUUACAUAUUGAUCUUCUUGGGUCAAUUAUUGACUGUUACAUCAGACAUGGAGAAAACAUUAAAGAUUAAAACUAUUCAACAGUUGAUAAAAUUAGUGAAAUUGCCAAAUUUUUUAACCACCACGGAAUUGGAUCUUAUUUUAGGAAAUUAUUUCAAGAGCUUUAUUUUGAAAACCAACCAGAAAGAUGUUAUUUUGCAAGAGAUAAUCAAUGGGUUAGUUGGCUGUAUGCAAGAUAAUCCUAAUGUUACUUCAUCUACCAUUGAGUUAGUUAUAAACCCGUUGUUGAAUACAUUAGAAGAUGGUAAUGUUGAACAAUAUGAAUUUAUCUUGUCAUUAGUUGGUGAUUUAUGUGUUAAUUAUCAAGUUUUGGAAGUUAUUUCAAUCAGAUUACUUAACAAAUUAUCCGCGGUCAAUUCUUCUGCUAACAAAUUCCAAUUAUACAAAAUAAUCAUACAAUUGUUUAUUAAAUUAAUUAAUCAAAUUGAAAGAAUUCAACAAUUUUUAACGAAUUCAUGGUAUAAGAAUUUUAUACCAACAUUCUUGCACAAUGUAUUAACUAUUGUACCUGUUGGUGAAAACGAGGAAGAACAAUUUGAGAUUCUCGAUUUAACUGGGGAUUUACUAGGAUUGAUAGUUAAAUUUAUCGAUGUUAGUAAACAUCAAAGUAUUUUCGAUGAAAUGUUUACUGCUUUUUUUACAAAUGAAACAACCCAUGGAUCAUUUGCAUAUCCACUGAAUUUGUUAGAAACACCAUCCUUCUAUGUUAAUGUAUUUUGCAAGAUCUUGAGUUCUACCGACAAAUCAUGUGUUUUUGCCAACUAUAAACCCAUUAUAACACUGUGCUUACAAGUUGUGUCUGAUUUGAAGGACACCAGAUCGCUAAGAAUACAAUAUUUGUUGGCUAUAUCAUUAAUGUUUAAUAAAAUUGCCACCGAUGAACAAUUUAUUGAAGAACAUUUGAUCUUACCUCAACAAUUAACAAGUGACACAUUGUCUGACGAGUUCUUGAUUCAAUUUGAACAGUCCAUCUGGAUCCUUAAGGGAUUAAUUGUUAAACUUGACAAUGCUGGUAUGAAAGCAUUGGACAAUCUUUUACAUAUAUUUGACUCCACAGAUAAUCUUGCCUUGAUGAAUGCCAUUUCUAAAUCAUUGCAUAUUUUGUUUAUUGAUUUGAAAAUAUUCACCAAUUCUACCCCAGAUAUCAAACAAAAUAAGAUUAUUUCCAAGGUCAAAAAUUUGAAUAUUAAGUUGUUGUACAAACAACAAAUUUUUGUCAAGGUGUUGCCAUAUUUGAUAAAUUCUGAAACUAACUUCAAUAUUAAAUUCUAUGCCUUAUCACUUGUUAUCGAAAACUUGUCUACAAACAUCUUGAUUAAUAAUCUACAAGAAGUGUUACCAAUUGUAUUGAAAUCAUUCCAGAAUUCCGAAUUGAAUAAGAAAUCGUCAUUAUUGAUCUUGAGUAUAAUUCUUAAAGAGAAUGAAUCGAUUUUAUCACCAGAUGAUAUAUUACGACUUGUUCCAGUUUUGGUUGAAUUAUCCAAUACAAGCAAAUUAGAAGCUAUAAGAGUAUCAAGUUUAGGUAAUUUAUUAUUAAUUGUGGAGAAAUUCCCACAACUAAUUAAGAAACAAGAAUUAUUAAGACAAACCAUGACUGUUUUAGAUGAUAAGAAGAGAACUGUACGUAAAUUAGUCAUUGAUUUACGUCAAAACUUAUACGAAAUGAAAUAA